CAGCGCCCCGGGCUGCGUCCACCUGCCCCAGCCAACACCCUUCUUCCACCCCAGGAGGGAUUCCCACGUAUGGGGAACGAAGAAGGGGGUGAGGUGACCCCAUGCCUGUGGAAGGGGACAGUCCUGGUGCUACAUGGGGACAAAGCCAGGACCCUGUAGUGCACACCACUGGGGGCUGAACCUAUGUCCCAGGAGGAAAAGCUGUCAGUCAAGGUCCUUUUCAGCCUCCAGCUGGACUCUCCCCUCCACAAGCUGAGCCUCCUCUCCUCAGCUCCCCAUCUCUGCCCAGAAUGCUCACCAUGGGGACACCCACCAGGAGGAAGUCACACCUGCUGCUGCUGCUUGUGGCUGUGGCCCUUGUCUCCUCUCCAGCUUGGAGCUCAGCCCGGGGCUCCCCGGCCACUUUUGGGCCCGUCUUUGAAGAUCAGCCCCUCGGUCUGCUAUUCCCGGAGGAAUCCACAGAGGAGAAGGUGACGCUAGCGUGCCGUGCCCGGGCCAGCCCUCCAGCCACCUAUAGGUGGAAGAUGAAUGGCACCGAGAUGAAGCUGGAGCCAGGGUCCCGCCACCAGCUGGUAGGGGGUAACCUGGUCAUCAUGAACCCCACCAAAGCCCAGGAUGCCGGUGUCUACCAGUGCCUGGCCUCCAACUCAGUGGGCACCAUCGUCAGCAGGGAGGCCGUGCUCCGCUUCGGCUUUCUGCAGGAGUUCUCCAAGGAGGAGAGGGACCAUGUGAAAACGCACGAAGGCUGGGGGGUGAUGCUGCCCUGUAACCCCCCUGCCCACUACCCAGGCCUGUCCUACCGCUGGCUCCUCAAUGAGUUCCCCAACUUCAUCCCGACGGACGGGCGUCACUUCGUGUCCCAGACCACGGGGAACCUGUACAUUGCCCGGACCAACGCCUCAGACCUGGGCAACUACUCCUGCUUGGCCACCAGCCACAUGGACUUCUCCACCAAGAGCGUCUUCAGCAAGUUCGCUCAGCUCAACCUGGCGGCGGAAGACACCAGGCUCUUUGCACCCAGCAUCAAGGCCCGGUUCCCCGCCGAGACCUAUGCGCUGGUAGGACAGCAGGUCACCCUGGAGUGCUUCGCCUUUGGGAACCCUGUCCCUCAGAUCAAGUGGCGUAAAGUGGACGGAUCCUUGUCCCCGCAGUGGGCCACAGCGGAGCCCACCCUGCAGAUACCCAGUGUCAGCUUCGAGGAUGAGGGCACCUACGAGUGUGAGGCGGAGAACUCCAAGGGCCGCGACACCGUCCAGGGCCGCAUCAUCGUGCAGGCUCAGCCAGAGUGGCUCAAGGUGAUCUCCGACAUGGAGGCUGACAUCGGUUCCAACCUGCGUUGGGGCUGCGCGGCGGCUGGCAAGCCCCGGCCCACAGUGCGCUGGCUGCGGAACGGGGAGCCUCUGGCCUCCCAGAACCGCGUCGAGGUGCUGGCUGGGGACCUGCGGUUCUCGAAGCUGAGCCUAGAGGACUCCGGCAUGUACCAGUGUGUGGCAGAAAACAAGCAUGGGACCAUCUAUGCCAGUGCUGAGCUGGCCGUGCAAGCACUGGCCCCCGACUUCAGGCUGAACCCCGUGAAGCGCCUGAUCCCCGCGGCCCGCGGGGGAGAGAUCGCCAUCCCCUGUCAGCCCCGGGCGGCCCCGAAGGCUGUGGUGCUCUGGAGCAAAGGCACCGAGAUUCUGGUCAACAGCAGCAGAGUGACUGUAACUCCGGAUGGCACCUUAAUCAUAAGAAACAUCAGUCGGUCCGAUGAAGGCAAAUACACCUGCUUUGCUGAGAAUUUCAUGGGCAAAGCCAACAGCACGGGCAUUCUGUCUGUGCGAGAUGCAACCAAGAUCACUCUGGCCCCCUCAAGUGCUGAUAUCAACUUGGGGGACAGCCUGACCCUGCAGUGCCAUGCCUCCCAUGACCCCACCAUGGACCUCACCUUCAUCUGGACCCUGGACGACUACCCCAUCGACUUUGACAAGCCUGGGGGUCACUACCGGAGGGCCAGUGUGAAGGAGACGGUUGGGGAUCUGACCAUCCUGAAUGCGCAGCUGCGCCAUGGAGGGAAGUACACGUGCAUGGCCCAGACGGUGGUGGACAGCGCGUCCAAGGAGGCCACAGUCCUGGUCCGAGGUCCCCCGGGUCCCCCGGGAGGUGUGGUGGUGAGGAACAUUGGCGACACCACCGUCCAGCUCAGCUGGAGCCGAGGCUUUGACAACCACAGCCCCAUUGCCAAGUACACCCUGCAAGCCCGCACUCCACCUGCAGGGAAGUGGAAGCAGGUUCGGACCAAUCCCGCCAACAUCGAGGGCAACGCUGAGACCGCCCAGGUGCUGGGCCUCACCCCCUGGAUGGACUAUGAGUUCCGGGUCUUAGCCAGCAACAUCCUGGGCACCGGGGAGCCCAGUGGGCCCUCCAGCAAAAUCCGGACCAAGGAAGCAGCCCCCUCGGUGGCACCCUCAGGACUCAGCGGAGGGGGUGGAGCCCCCGGAGAGCUCAUCGUCAACUGGACGCCCAUGUCGCGGGAGUACCAGAACGGAGACGGCUUCGGCUACCUGCUGUCCUUCCGCAGGCAGGGCAGCACCGGCUGGCAGACCGCCCGCGUGCCCGGCGCCGACGCCCAGCACUUUGUCUACAGCAAUGACAGCGUCCAGCCCUACACGCCCUUCGAGGUCAAGAUCCGCAGCUACAACCGCCGCGGGGACGGGCCCGAGAGCCUCACGGCGCUGGUGUACUCGGCGGAGGAAGAGCCCAGGGUGGCCCCUACCAAGGUCUGGGCCAAGGGGGUCUCAUCCUCAGAGAUGAACGUGACCUGGGAACCCGUGCAGCAAGACAUGAAUGGCAUCCUCCUGGGGUAUGAGAUCCGCCACUGGAAAGCAGGGGACAAGGAAGCAGCUGCUGACCGAGUGAGGACAGCAGGGCUGGACACCAGUGCCCGAGUCACUGGCCUGCACCCCAACACCAAGUACCACGUGACCGUGCGGGCCUACAACAGGGCAGGCACUGGGCCUGCCAGCCCUUCCGCCAAUGCCACCACCAUGAAGCCCCCUCCACAGCGGCCUCCUGGCAACAUCUCCUGGACCUUCUCAAGCUCGAGUCUUAGUAUCAAGUGGGAUCCUGUGGUCCCUCUCCGAAAUGAGUCUGCGGUCACAGGUUAUAAGAUGCUGUACCAGAAUGACUUACACCCAACUCCCACGCUCCACCUCACCAGCAAGAACUGGAUAGAAAUCACAGUUCCUGAAGGCAUCGGCCAUGCCCUGGUACAGAUUCGGACCACAGGACCUGGAGGGGACGGGACCCCAGCAGAAGUCCACAUCGUGAGGAAUGGAGGCACAAGCAUGAUGGUGGAGAACUCGGCGAUCUGCCUGGCCCCGCGUCCCGGCGCCAUCCUCCCCCCAUCCCUGGCGAUGCUGGUCCUCGUAGCCUACCUGGAGCUCUGAUCGUGGCGCCCCUCCCUCUCUGCCACAGCCGGACACCCACCUCUGAUGGACGCAGCCAGCUGGCCCUGGUCCCUUCCUGAGGCCAAGGUGGCCCCACACUGUGCCUGAGAAUGGCUGGUUUUCAAUACCUAUUCUAAACAGUGCCCUUUUCGUAGGAGGUAGGAUAUUUUGUAUUCUGCCACAGGAUAGAACUCACGCAAGGAUUUUUUUUCUUUAAGUCAAAAGAUACCAGGAAGUAACUUCCAUGAUGAUACUGAACCCUGGGUCCUCUGGGGCACCUAGAUGGAAGCAACAGGCCCACAGGAAGAAGGGGGGUUGAAAUGUGCAUCUGCACAUCCCGGGAGGUGACGCUCUGCCCCCUGACAGCAGAGUGUCUGGUCCAGUGGGAACACUGGACAUGAACGCACUACAGCAGGACAAAGCAUAGACAUCAGCGUUCCUCAGCCUAAGGACAGGGCCAAACCCGGGACAAAGAACUCCCCUACUUCCUCGAGGGGCAGCACAGCUGGACCCUGACAUUGUCCUCAAGGACUCCCUAGGGGCCCCUCCUACCUAUGCUGGUGGCAGAAAACCGAUGCCUCAAAGUCCAAGGCCAGGAGCCUGUGCUUUGGGGAACAAGAUUCCGGACUGCCGGGGGUAAGAGCUAAAAGGGUUUGAGAAGCUGGGACACCUGGUGGAAAGGACCACCAGGCUUGUCCUGAAGGCACAGACCCAGUGCAGGUGACAUUGCCCUCUUAGCCAACACUGCCAACUUGACCCUAUCGCCCCCGAAAGGACAGAAGCCACGACAGGUGGCAGAGUGACUAAAGGGCUUAUCUCGGGGGUCCCCCACCCCACCAUCCUGCACGGUCCCUCCAGGAUGUGGACAGGAGACAAGCCUUGGGUGCCCACCCAUUUCCUCCAGCUCAGCCUGCAGGCUCUGGGCCACCGCUCUCCAGCACUAACUCGCUCAAGCCUGGGACAGUAAGGCAACAUCAGUUCUGUGUGUCCUGGAGCCGGGAGUCUUCUGAGAAGGGCAAAGGAUACAUGUGGCCCCGGCUGCUCUCAGGGUUAACCUGGACCACCGGGCAGGACCUGUCCCCCAGGUUGCCUUCAACGGCUCUUUUGCAUUUCCCCCAGAAGAAAAAGGCACCAAUAAAUUUAGGGGCAUCCUAUCAUGUGCUCUGGGUACAUAACCAGUCACGGGACAUCAGAGCUGGAGGAGGCUUUCGAGCCCAACUCUUCCAACCCCUCACUUUACAGAUGCGGAAGCAGAGGGGUUAGGGACUUUCUGAGGUCACACAGCCUGUCUGAACUUCCAAUCCCAGGCUGUCUGUCUUGAAGAAGGGAGCAGUGCUGAAUGGCUACCGCCUGGUUAAGAAGGUGUUGAGAAGGGCAGUGGGCUAUGAAAAUUCUGCUUCAAGAGGUUCAGGUGGGGAGAUCGGCAGGGCUGGGUCCAAGCCCAAGGCAUCGGCGGAUGCUAGGAGAUAUGAUCCUUUACCUUUGAGCCUGGGCCCUCCACAUACAGUGCUGGCUUGAAGCCCCCUUGCCGCCCUUACCCUUGCUCCAAGAAGAGGUGCCCAACAAGGACAGGGAUUCCACAAAUCCAGGCAGCAGUGUGGCACAACCAGGAACCCCCCGAGCCCAUGCUGUGACAGGUGGCCCUUCACAAGGGCCCUUUUAGGGGAUAGGCCCGCCGAGGACCCCAGAGCCUGGCUUCUGUAGUUUACAAUUAGAGCUCUAUUUUGUUACGGGUUUUUAACUUUUAAGUCCUGCUCUCUUUUCCUGGGCAGGCUUAUGUUGAUGUUUACCCGCUACAAUUUUUUUAAAACGUCAGCUCACACCACUUCUCCGGGCUACUGCUGUCCCCACCACUUUGCCCCCGGCCCAGGACCGCCUCCCUGGAGCCACUGGCCAAACCCUCCUCACCUGCUCCUGUCCAUCCCUCCCACCCCCAUGCAAGGUGCUGCGGCCUCAGCUAAGUGACCACAUUCUUGAACACAGAGACCCCAAGCGGUCCAGCACCCUUUUGGGUCCCCUGUGGCUGUGUGCUGGCCUGUCCCCAGCUCUAUCACAAGGGGAAUGCUGAGGGCACAAAACCUGCUUCCGAGCUUUAGCUGAGGCUUUCCUCACUGCCUUGGGCUGCAGUGGGGGAAACAGGAGGACAGGUGUCUAGAUGCUGGGGCCAGAGGGGUGAGCUGGUUUGGCACAAGAUGUCACCGGUAAGGCUGGAGAGAGACUGCAGUCCCUAAGCUUGCUUGAGUCAAAAGGCACUUACGACCAAGAGUCUUAGUUCUAAUGAGGCCCAUUGGCAAAGGGGAGGAAAGCACACCCUCUGGAAAGCCUAGGACGGUUUUUAGCUAGGAAAACCCAGCCGGUAGGUGACCUGAGGACAUGUGAGCUUAUAAAAUAGACUGUCGCCUGCGGAGGCAGCUCAUACGGGAGCUUGCGUGCAGGCUGAGAGAGCCCCCGCCUUCCUGUCCAAGGGGCCUCUGAUGUUCAAUCUUCUCUGCUCGGAUGGGCUGAGUCUCACUCCUGCUGUGGUCAGUACUCUAUUUUGGAUCUCUCCCCGCUCACACAGCGAGCCUCAGAGGAGGUGACAAGGGGAACAGCCACAAACCAGUGCUUUACCCCACAGCUUAGUGGCCAGUAAGUGCCUUGAGGACUAGGGACAGACAGCCUGCAGACACUGCGUCAGGGCUGAGGGAGACAGUCUCUCUGUGUCCUGCGUAUAUUUGGGCUCAGCUUACACGUCCCUCUGGCCCCGGUCUUGGCUACUCGGUCCUCAUUUGCUCAGUCUCGAUGUAUACCUCGCCCUCAGGGGGACAGGAGCUCUCUCCAGAUCGGGUCUCAUGGUCCAGCCAGACCAUCAAAUGAUACAGAUGGGCCAUGAGGAGGGGCUUUUUUUUUUUUUCCUUUUGAUAAAAGAACAGAUCUGAGAUUAGACAUCAGGAAGAGCUUCUGCAAUGAGGCCCUAAGGUGAGUAAGAGGCUUCUUCCUUUUCUAGGGGCCUCUGAGGAAUUCUGACAGCUGUUGGCCUAAGGUCUAGGUUAAGCGAAGUCUGGGAGUGUGAAGACAUGCUGUUGAAUGUCCCUCCAGGGCUGAGAUUUAGAUCAGUCCCCGAUGAGUCUUGGAGCUCCUUUCUGGGGCAGCCCCUUCCAUAAGGGUGGUGACAGUGGCAGCGCUCAAGGGGGAAGGCUCACCUCAGGCAUUUUGGUGGAAGACCCUGCCUCUCAACAGCACAAGGGCCAUCUGGUCUACCCUGGGCAAGAACCCAGCUGGCUGAGUAGGUUGUGCUCCCUUUAACUUCUCCCCGCUCAGAGGACUCCCUGUUCUCUUCCUGGCUCAGAUAUGUGACGGUCAGCUGGGCAUCUCCAGGUCCGAGGGCUAGACUUCUCCUCAAACCUGGUUUUGAGGCUUAAGUGUGGUGCCCCAUUUCCCCAGGUCAGACCUACCCUGGGCUUCAUCCGGAGAUGACCGAGGUUGCCAGAGAGGCUCCCGGAGUGGUGUGAGGGACUAGGUGGGCAUGCUGAAGGCACUUCUAAAAGCUCCAUGGAAAGAGGUGCCUGGUAGCUGUAUAUAGGGUCAUAGACUUUAGGAAGGCUGGAUAAUAAAGGGAAGCCAGGGAGGAAAAAAAUAGGUCAGAUAACUUUGCCCCGAGGCCCAGGAAGCCGAGUGUCCUUAGCUGGGGUGCACCCUGCCUUGGUCCCUAGAUUCCAGCUGACCCAGCCCCAUCCAGGGCCCGCAUAGCGUAGUCUCACGGCUGGGUGAGGGCCAGGGCUUCUUCGGACCACGGACUUGACCCUGUCUUUGUUGAAAUGGAACCACGUCCACUGGCCUAUUGUUUGUCUCUCUUGUACUUCUUGUAACGGUAGUUAUAUAUUGACUCUGGUAGCAGGCAGUUCCUAAAUAAAGAUGAUUUCUCAACCUGCUGAGGCAGCUGGCAACCUG